AUGGUGCAAUUACCCUCGGAGGAGGAGCGAGACGAUCUCCUAUUUUCUUGUCGUUACGGGGAUCUCGAGGAUGUGCAGCGAUUUGUAGACACUUUCGGUGCGGGUCCUCUUGCGGAAACACGGGAUGGGAACGAAAACACCGUGUUGCACAUGGUAUCCGGGAAUGGACAUGCAGAUGUCCUCGAUUAUCUACUUCCAUUGAUACCUGCGGCCUUGUUAUCGGCCAAGAAUUCCUCUGGCUCUACGCCGCUUCAUUGGGCAGCUUUGAAUGCCCAUCUCGCCGUUGCGAAAAAGCUUGUCGAAUUCAAACCGGAGGGCAUCGCUGAAGCCAAGGGAAUUGCCCUGGGCGCUUCUCUUAUCGACGUUAAGAACAACGCUGGCCGCACACCAUUAGGCGAAGCGGAGAACACUGGCUGGGAAGAAGGGGCCAAAUGGUUUGUCGAAGUCAUGUCGCUCGACUUGAGUCAGACUACGGAGAACCCAGAUGACGCGGAGGGGGAUCGUGUAGGUGACGACGUGCAGAAUGUCGAGAUCGAAAUUCAGGACGCGGACGGAGCAAGAGCACGGAUGUCCGUAAAAACUGAGGAUUAG